AUGAGUAGUCGCCAGCCGGGCGACAGACCCAAGCGCGAGGAGGGACCGCCCCACCAUGCCCUCCCACCACCCAGCCUCACCGUCACAAUGCUGGCAUCCGCCACAGCAAGCAUGCUGUCACGAAUACCGUGCCACCCGCUGGACACGGUCAAGGCCAAGCUUCAGGUCGGCGCCCAGGGCGGCCUGCGGGGCGUUCUACGCCACACCCUCCGCACUGAAGGCCUGCGGGGCGUUCUACGCCACACCCUCCGCACUGAAGGCCUGCGGGGGCUCUACCGCGGCUUUGGAGCGGCAUUUGUGGGGAGCGGACCAGCGGGGUGCCUGUACUUCACCACCUACGAGCUCGCCAAGAAGGGCCUGCUUUCGGUGGGGCUGGUGGGGCAGAGCCCCUUCCUGGCCCACUUCGGCGCGGGACUGCUCGCCGAGCUCGUCUCCUGCGCUCUCUGGGUUCCCAUCGACGUGGUCAAGGAGCGAAUGCAGGUGCAGUCCACCCUGGCUGCGGGCAAGCCGUCCUACGCCUACACGGGCGACCUCCAUGCGGCCGCUACCAUCCUACGCACGGAGGGCCUCCGAGGGCUGUAUCGAGGCUACGGCGCAACGGUGCUCAGUUUUGGCCCCUUCUCGGCGCUCUAUUUUGUAUACUACGAGCAACUGAAAGGCCUGGCCGAGGCGUUCUCCGCCAGCAAUGAUUCCUCCACCUCCGCCUCGACGAGGCGACCGCCACCAGAGCUACACAGCACGAAUGUGCUAGAUAUGGCCAAGCUGAGAAUGCAGGUUGAACGGGCAGGCGGGGAGCGAACGUUCGGCUACACCAACGUAUUCCACGGAGUCGCACGCAUCGUCAGCGACGAGGGCUGGCGCGGCAUCUUCCGAGGCGCCGGCGCGCGCAUCGCCUUCCAGGCGCCCACCACCGCGAUCGCGUUGGCCGCGUUCGAGCGGCUCAAGGUGGGCUACGGCCGCCUUGCGGAGCGAGUGGAGGCGCGGGAAGUGGGUACGCCAGACACGCCGGGCUAUCGUGUGUUCUUCUACAACACGGAGGGAAAGAAGAUCUCGCCCUGGCACGACAUCGCUCUCACCGAGCCGGGCACCCGGAUCGAGCAGGGCGUGCUCCGCUACGUCGUAGAGAUCCCCAAGGGAACCGACCAGAAGAUGGAGAUCGCCACCGAUGAGCCCUGGAAUCCCAUCAAGCAGGACACACGCAAGGAUGGCGCGCUAAGGUAUCUGAAGCAUGGGCCGGUGCUGUGCAAUUACGGUGCGUUCCCACAGACGUGGGAGGAUCCGAGCGCGGAAGCCCACCCGCAGGUGAACUUGGCCGGCGACAACGACCCCAUUGAUGUCAUCGAGAUCGGCUCCCGCGUCGCCCAGCGAGGCGAGGUGGUAAAGGUGAAGGUGCUUGGCGCAUUUGCACUGGUGGACGAGGGUGAGCUGGACUGGAAGGUGCUCGCCAUCGAUGUGAACGACCCCAAGGCUGCUUCCCUCAAUGACGUGAGCGAGGUGGAGAAGCAAAUGCCGGGCACGCUGGCGGCGGUGCAGGAGUGGUACCGCGUGUACAAGGUGGCCGAGGGCAAGCAGAAGAACUCCUACGCCUUCGACGACAAGGCCCUCGAUCGGCACGGACACGAGAGCUGGCGGAAGCUCUUCACCGCCCGGUCCUCGCCCAAGUUCGCCUUUGACAGCACCAGCGGUGCCCAGUAG